AUGGGUAAGGGUUCCUUCAAAUACGCCUGGGUGUUGGACAAAUUGAAGGCUGAGCGUGAACGUGGUAUCACAAUCGAUAUUGCUUUGUGGAAGUUCGAGACAGGCAAAUACUAUGUCACCAUCAUCGACGCCCCUGGACACAGAGAUUUCAUCAAGAACAUGAUCACUGGUACCUCACAGGCCGAUUGUGCUGUACUCAUCGUUGCUGCUGGUACAGGUGAAUUCGAAGCAGGUAUCUCCAAGAACGGACAGACCCGUGAGCACGCUCUGCUCGCUUUCACGCUCGGUGUCAAACAACUCAUCGUUGGUGUGAACAAAAUGGACUCCACUGAGCCUCCCUACAGCGAGCCCCGUUUCGAAGAAAUCAAAAAAGAAGUGUCCUCUUACAUCAAAAAGAUCGGAUACAACCCCGCUGCUGUCGCUUUCGUACCCAUUUCUGGAUGGCACGGAGACAACAUGUUGGAGGCCUCUACCAAAAUGCCUUGGUUCAAGGGAUGGAAUGUGGAGCGCAAGGAAGGCAAGGCUGAAGGUAAGUGCCUCAUCGAGGCCCUUGACGCCAUCCUGCCCCCUGCUCGCCCCACCGACAAAGCCCUCCGUCUUCCCCUUCAAGACGUCUACAAAAUCGGUGGUAUUGGUACAGUGCCCGUAGGCCGUGUUGAAACUGGUAUUCUUAAACCUGGUACCAUCGUCGUCUUCGCACCUGCCAACAUCACCACUGAAGUUAAGUCUGUGGAGAUGCACCACGAAGCUCUCCAGGAAGCCGUACCCGGAGACAAUGUUGGUUUCAACGUAAAGAACGUAUCAGUCAAAGAAUUGCGUCGUGGUUACGUCGCUGGCGACUCCAAGAACAACCCACCCAAAGGCGCUGCUGACUUCACCGCACAGGUCAUUGUACUCAACCACCCUGGUCAAAUCUCAAACGGUUACACACCAGUUUUGGAUUGCCACACAGCUCACAUUGCCUGUAAGUUCGCCGAAAUUAAAGAAAAAGUCGACCGUCGUACUGGUAAAUCUACUGAAGAUAACCCUAAAUCCAUUAAAUCUGGAGAUGCUGCCAUUGUCAACCUGGUUCCUUCCAAGCCUCUUUGUGUAGAGUCCUUCCAGGAAUUCCCUCCCCUCGGACGUUUCGCUGUGCGUGACAUGAGGCAAACGGUCGCCGUAGGUGUAAUAAAGGCUGUAAACUUCAAGGAUGCAUCUGGUGGCAAGACUACCAAAGCCGCUGAGAAGGCCGCUAAGGGCAAGAAGUAG